UGUCUCCUUGUGUGGGUGUUUUUGUUGUGCGUCGUUCUUGGAACACAACGGCUGGUGAGAGAGGGAUGGGGGGAACGCAGGCUCUGGCGGCGUACCGGGCCCUGUUGAGGGCGACGCGGAAGACGUUCGCCGGGGACACGCUGAUGCUGGCGGAAUCUGCGGCGGAGAUCCGGCGGAAGUUCGAGGAGAACCGAGGCGUGGCCGCGGAGGCGGAGGUGAAUCGCUUGCUCGACGAGGCCCGGGAGGCCUCCCACUUUGUCUCUCACAUGAUCGUCCAAGCGAAACUCAGCUCCUCUGGCGGCUACGUUGUUAAACCUACGAAAGAACAUGCUGGAGCAACACUGGAGGUUCCCUCAGAAGAGUUCCUUUCUAAGUCUACCUAAGGGAAAUUUAACUGAAUGCUAUCGCCAAAGAUGCUGAGACAAAACAGUGGCUAUUGUUUUAAAUUUGAAGACAAUAAACGGUGUCACUCUGUCUUUCUUAAGUUCUCUUUGGUCUAUUUUAAUGUUUCAUGUAGUGUUUGCUUAAAAAUAUUUUUUGUAAUUCACCUUGUUGACAUACCAGGCAUGGUAGACGUCCAGAAAAAUUCUGACACUGUGAUAAAGAAUGUAUUUCAUAAGACAACUUGACAUGUUAAUAUUAUAGCAUAAAUCUACUUAAAAAAAUAUUAUAGUA